CCAUGAGGUCCGGUGGCAGCCUCCUCUUCCUCUUCUGGGGUGCCUUUCUCAUCUGGAGCCCUCUGCUCUCCGUGUCCAGACUGUUCUACGGCAGCUGCAAAACCAUCCCAAACCUAAUGGAACGAUGCGGGAAGCUUGAGGAACGUUUUUUCUACAACGCCACCUCCAAGAUGUGUGAGCCUUUCGUUUACUACGGGUGCCUCAAGAACCGGAACCGCUUCUACACCCUGGAGACAUGUCAGCAAUUCUGCGGAUUGGUUGACUAUUGCCAGCUGCCUCCUGACCCUGGCUUUUGCAAGUAUCAACUACAACGCUGGUUUUACAACCCAGAAACCAGACAGUGCAAGACUUUCAUCUACCAGGGCUGCGGAGGGAACUACAACAACUUCAAGAAACGUUUGACGUGCCAGCGGAAGUGCCCCAAGAAAGGCUCUCCCUAAGGGCUCCGUGGAGAGAAGCUCGGCCUGCUUCUUUGUGCUGAAGAAAGAGGGAUGCAUCAGGACGAGGCCAGGCGCAGGGAGCCUCCAGGCGCCUUUGGAAGGAAGGG